AAACCCGAAGAAAUGGCACAGAAACAGAGGGGGGUACAGGUAAGGUCUGCACCACCCAAGACCCAAAAUCUGUCCUUUGCCACUGCCCAAAGGCUCUCUCACCCCCCACCAGCUUACUUUCACUAAUAAUUUAGUAUAAGACUCCUCAACUCACAAGCUCAGAUGCCCCUCUUCAUUUCUUCUUAUUCUUCCAGUAUUACCCAAUCAAUCAUGGCUCAUUCCGCCAUCACUCAGGUCCCAGUUGCUGUCUCUAUCAACGCUGAUACAUCUCUCCCUAAAUCCGUGUUUAAGAGCAAUAAUGUGUCAUUCCAUGACAAAUCAUGGAGUUCUCGCUUAUCUUUGGACUUUAAAAUUGCAAUCUCACGGACAAGGGGUCGACCUGUGGUUUGCAUGUCAGUGCAACAGGCCAGCCAACCUAAGGUUGCAGUUUCACCUUUAAGCUUAGAAGAUGCAAAAGACCCACCACUGCAUUUGUACAAGAACAAGGAACCUUAUACAGGAACUAUAGUUUCUGUAGAAAGGCUUGUUGGUCCGAAAGCUCCUGGAGAGACAUGUCACAUUGUCAUCGAUCAUGGUGGCAAUGUUCCCUACUGGGAAGGACAAAGUUAUGGAAUCAUUCCUCCUGGCGAGAAUCCUAAAAAGCCUGGUAAUCCGCACAAUGUUCGACUGUAUUCUAUAGCAUCUACUAGGUAUGGCGACUUGUUUGAUGGCAAGACAGCAAGUUUAUGUGUUCGACGUGCUGUCUAUUACGAUCCUGAGACCGGAAAAGAAGACCCUUCAAAAAAAGGAGUAUGCAGCAACUUUUUAUGUGAUUCAAAGCCUGGUGACAAGGUCCAGAUCACAGGUCCUUCUGGUAAGAUAAUGCUUCUGCCUGAAGAUGACCCAAAUGCCACCCACAUUAUGAUUGCCACAGGCACUGGCGUGGCUCCUUUUAGAGGCUAUCUUCGACGUAUGUUCAUGGAGAAUGUUCCCACAUUCAAGUUUGGUGGCCUCGCUUGGCUUUUCCUUGGGGUCGCUAACAGUGACAGUCUUCUAUAUGACGACGAAUUCUCCAAGUAUCUCCGAGACUAUCCAGACAAUUUCAGAUAUGACCGAGCUCUUAGCAGAGAACAAAAGAACAGAAAUGGAGGCAAGAUGUAUGUCCAGGACAAAAUCGAAGAGUACAGUGAUGAAAUUUUCAAGCUUUUGGAUAACGGGGCACACAUUUACUUCUGUGGGCUCAAGGGGAUGAUGCCGGGCAUACAAGAUACAUUGAAGAGGGUGGCCGAGCAGAGAGGAGAAAGCUGGGAUGAGAAGCUCUCACAACUGAAGAAGAAGAAACAAUGGCAUGUUGAAGUCUAUUGAGAACCGCUUUAUUGAAACCUCUUCCGUAGUUAAUUCAGCAUUCUUCUUCUUGUAUUGGCAACCUGAAGUUGAACUCCACAAGUGCUUUAUAUAUUCUUGAUGAUGAAGAUGGCAUGAACGAAAUUAAAAGAACCCAUGGAUGUUGUGUGAAGACCUUUCUGCUCUACGAUUCUUUGUGUAUGUGCGUGUGAACAUGUUUCAGUAGUUGUCUUGGUUCUGCCAAUGAAAAUGCACUUGGCUUUUUAUAGUUAGACUAGUUUUUGUAUUUGUAAUAUGAUGCAGCAGGUAGUUUCUGAUCAGUUAUUGGAUAUGAGCUCCUGAAUAAAUUAUUAUCACAUGUCUUGGCCAA